AUGGCGGCGAUGAACCUUCUGGAAGAUUGGUGCCGGGGGAUGGAUGUGGACAUCCACAGGGCCCUAGUAGUUACGGGGAUCCCAGUGGAGUGUGGCCAAGAGGAAAUUGAGACGACCUUGAGAGAGUUCUUCGCUCCCCUCGGCCCGUACCAGGUGCUUAAUAAGAUGUUUCUGAGGGAAGAGAAUGCCAAAGCCGUUCUUGUCGAGAUGGGCGAGGGCAUCAAUCUCAGUACCAUUCCCCGGGAAUUCCCGGGAAGAGGUGGUGUCUGGAGAGUGGUCCACAGACACCCCACCCAGGAUGCCGACUUUGUGAAAAAUCUGCAUGAAUUUCUCGAGAGUGAGGGGCGCACCGUGGACGACGUGUUGCGCCUGCUGCAGCUCCACCCCCCCCAGCAGCCCCACAUUCAGAAUGUGCCCCGAGAGAACUGGAUGCAAACGUUGGGGGUGUUCCUGGGGGCGGUGGUGCAAAUCGCCUUACACAUGGAUUCGGAGAUGCGCCACCUGGAGGAAAUAAGGGCUCAGGAGUUGGCGGUAGUUCAGAUGAGAGCAGCAGCCCAGUCUUCUGAAGCAGGAAGGAAAGUUAAGGAGGAGCCCAGACCUGCUGCAGGGGCCGACUGUGUCUUGAAGACAGAGAGCUCCAGUAGCUGGUGUGACACUGAAGAUGAGGCGCCCAAGCCCUUUUUUUCCAAGGCCUGGGCUAAGAAUCCUUGUAAGAAAAAGGUGACCAAAGGCGCCCGGCCAGAACCAACGUUCUGGAAAAAAUUCAAAAUCAACCCCGCAGACAGAUCAACCUUCUUUGAAGAUUCUGAAGCAGACGAGGCUGAAAAAAUGGAGAGCCCCGAAUGUGCCCUGAUCAAGCAGAAGCUGUGUAUGAAGCGAGGGGAGUGGCCCCUGAAGCAGCUCGAGGUGAAAUGUGCUGGAAUGGUCCGCGGAGACCGACCUCAGGAUGUCUCCUCUGAGGCUGAGAGCCCCGGAGGUGCCUCAGAGUCAGACAAAGAUGGCGACCACGAUGUCCCCCCAAGGAAGAAGGCCAUGGGCUGGGGCAUGGCAAAAAGGCUUGUCCCCAUGAAGAAGAAGAAGAAGGUGAGCUUGGGCCCUGUCUCCUAUGUUCUUUUGGGUUCCGAAGGCACCAAGAAGGUAGUGAACCCAAAGAAAGGGCCAGGCUCGCGUAAGGAUGCCUUGUUUCGGAAGGGCUUUGGACGCCCAAAGAGCAUGGAGGUGCCAGCCCCAGGGUCACAGGAUCUGAAGGCCAAGCAGGAAGGUUUUCCUCAGACCUCCAAUGACGGCAGUGACCAGAGAAGUCAUUUUGAGCGUGUCAACAAGUGGAUGAUGUGGGAGGAGCCUGAGUGGGGAGUGGAGGAGGAGGAGGCGGCGGCGGCGGCAUCAUCCAGUGGGGGUGCAGAGGGUCAAGUGGGUGAUGAGGAGAGUCAUGGUUCAUCAGAGGAGGAAGCUGACCGAGCAGUGGGUGUUCAAGAAGAUGAGAACCGUGAUCUCCUACCAAAGAGCCCCUGA